AUGCGCCUCCUGAAGUGCAGCGGGAAGGGCGAGUUCAGCCUGACCGGAGAUCUUCAUCAUUACAAGGUUCCUCCCUAUGCCAUUCUCUCUCAUACAUGGGGAGAACCAGAGGCUGAGGUCACGUAUGAUGAUUUGACGCAGAACGUUGGCAAUUACAAGUCCAAAGCUGGAUAUCGCAAACUCCAGUUCUGUGCAAAUCAAGCGACAAGUGACGGGCUGCAACAUAUCUGGGUAGAUACCUGUUGUAUCAACAAACAGAACUUCUCAGAGUUGCAUGAAGCGAUCAACUCAAUGUUCCGAUGGUAUCAGGAAGCCAAAGAGUGCUACGUCUACUUGUCGGACGUAUCUGGAACUGAUCAAAUCGCUAUUCGGAGAAGUCGAUGA